AUGUCACUUUCUUGAAGAAGCCUUCCAUUUCAUGGCUUUGAGUAUGGUCUACAUGCAGGUUUUGUCUGUUUUGAAGUAGAGCUUUGGAGACUGAAUACUUGGCUCAUAUGAAAAUAAAUAGUUCUUAAUGGGAUGGUGAUCUCCUUUGUUUUGUAUUAAUAGAUAUUCUCUCUAUUUUCGACAGGGAUAGCUAACCGAGGAUGUCUCCCUGGAAGACAGUAAACUUGUGUCCCCGGGAAUGCUGUUUGGCUUCCGAGGACUUGGCAAAAAUCAACUUUCACACCGUUGCAGUUGGAAGUAUGGGAAUUAUCAAAUGUGGAGCAGCAUAAAAGAUGGCCAAGCAGGCACAUCCAUGAAUGAACUCCAUGAAUGCGGGGGACCAAGUAGCAAAAGGCAGAGUACAAAAGCAGGUGGCAGUAAUUAUGGGCUUGACAUAUGGAAGGACAAGUUUGCCAUGUUGAUCUCAGCAGCAGCAGCUUUAAGAAGCUCAGAUCUACAAACAGGUUUGAUUUUGAAGACUUGUUUGGUUUCAUGCCAAAUCCUGAGAUAAGAAUCUUCUAUUGUUGAUGGAUUGGUGGCCACAGAGAAAAAGUGCACCCUCAUAUUUUGGCAAUCGAUUGUACACACACUAGAGUGAGCUGGUUUUGGACAUGUUUCUUAAAAACAGAAAGCACAACCAUAGGGUAGCAGAGAUACAGUAAAUCCUUUCAGAUUUGAG